UGAAAACAGAUGAUAAUGCAAAACAAGCACUUUACAGUUUUAUUAUAGAGACUAAAGGCGGGAUCCGAGGACAGGCCAUCAAACAUAACAAAGCAAAGAACAGCUGUGUAUAAUUGAAAGACAUUUUACAAACAAUUCUCUUGAAAUCCGUCCAAAACAGAUUUCAAUCAGGAGUGAAGAGAUUUUCGAAACGCGCUUUCAUGGCUGUUGGGUUGCACCUAUAUGGCCAGGUUUCCAUUUUAGUAUCGAUGUGUAAAGAAAGCGAUGUGUUUUGACCGUUAAUGUUAGUACUUGGCUUACCGUGUGGAGUCUGUAAAUGUUGCUUCGAAUGUCUCUAUCGCUCUUAGCAGCGUUGGUUUUCACUUCGGCUUGUGCCAGCUCUCUUACAUACUGGAGCGGCAGGAAUGCAUCGCUUGUACUGCGCAGGCUCCUUGAUGACAGACAUUACGACAAGAGGUUCAGACCUGACUUUGAAGGCCAUGCCGUGAAAGUGUUGGUGACAGUGUUUGUGACGUCAUUGGGAGGACUCGAUGAAAGAGAAAUGCAAUUUGAAAGCACUUUCUUUAUGAGACAAGUGUGGAAAGACUCUCGGCUUCAGUUUGAGAAGGAUUAUUCUAAAAGAAAUCUGAGCCUGAAUGGAGACAUAAUGCAACAGAUCUGGAUACCGGACACUUACGUGAACAAUGAAAAGUCCAGCUCUGCACCAAAACAAGAAUUUCUACUCAUGCUGUAUCCAGAUGGAAAAAUAAUUUACAGUCAACGAAUGACAGUAAUAGCGGCUUGCAAGAUGGAUCUUCGGAAUUACCCCAUGGAUAAGCAAAACUGCAGUCUUCUCUUCGAAAGUUAUGGUAUGACCAUAGAUGAUUUAUUCUUCAAGUGGGAGGUAAAGGAAGGGAGUGAUGAUCUUAAAACCGCCGUGGCAAUAGGAGACGAACUGAUCAUGUCACAGUUUGCGCUCGAUGGAUAUUCAGUCAGUGAAAUAACAGCUUCUUAUGUCACAGGGAGUUUUUCUAUGCUGCAGCUAACGUUCUACAUAAGACGAAAAAAAUUCUACUACGUCGUAUCAAUUUAUAUUCCAACAAUUUUGAUAACCAUUUUGAGUUGGGUUUCCUUUUGGAUCCCACGAAACUCACCACCAGCUCGGGUUGGGCUCGGAAUCACGACCGUCCUCGCCCUGACGACGUUGAUCUUCGGAAUUCAGUCGUCGAUGCCGAAAGUGAGUUACGUCAAAGCGAUUGACUGGUUUCUGUGUGUCUCCUUUCUCUAUGUAUUUGCUGCUUUGGUCGAAUACCCGAGUUCCACGUUCGUCAAGUCCCAAGCCCAGAAACUGUCACGAAAGGGAACGAACAUUCUACGGAAGGUAAAAGGUCUUAAGGACGACCCCGAAGAUGUUCCGUUAUCAGGGACAAGAUACGGUAGCACAGACAAGGAGGAAUCCGAUCUUCGUAAACUUUCUAGGAACAGAAUUGGAGACACGAACAGCACCUACGACCAUUCAUUACUUGAAAACAAUAUAGAUGGUGAUAGUCACCAGGCCUCUCGAGGUCAUCGCAAACGAAUGUCAUCUGAAGACGAUGAUUUUGUGAAUAACUUUAGAGAUGAUAUAACAGCGAAUACUGUUGAUAAAUACGCCAGGUUUUGUUUUCCAGUCUCUUAUUUAUUGUUUAAUCUAUGUUAUUGGAUCGUCUUUUUGUCAACGUAAUCACUUGUUGUUCGAAGGGAAAAUUACAGCAAAAAAAAAAAAAAAA